AUGGGUAAAGCUAAGUUAAAGAGCAAAGAUGCACCAAGGAGAAAUGGCAGUAUGCAAGCUCUUCCAUUCAAUACUGAUCGUGGACAGCAUGUUUUGAAGAAUCCGGGAAUUGUUAAUGCCAUUAUUGAAAAGUCAGCAAUCAAAGCAACGGACACUGUUUUUGAAGUCGGGUCUGGUACAGGUAAUUUGACAGUUGCGCUGAUGGCAAAAGCUAAAAAGGUGAUCGCAUGCGAGAUUGAUCAGAGAAUGAUCGCUGAACUAAAAAAGCGAGUGAUUGGAACAUCAUAUCAGCAGAAACUGGAAGUGAAGCAAGGAGAUGUGAUAAAAAUGGAAUGGCCUUUUUUUGAUGUGUGUGUUGCUAAUCUGCCUUAUCAGAUCUCAUCGCCUUUUGUAUUCAAGAUGUUAUUGCAGCGGCCCUUACCUCGAUAUGCUGUAUUAAUGUUCCAGAAGGAGUUUGCAGAUCGAUUAAUAGCAAAACCUGGCAGUAAAUUAUACUGUCGAUUAAGUGUGAAUGUACAAUUCCUCGCACAAGUGGAACAUUUGAUGAGGGUAAAACGAACAGAAUUCCGACCACCACCAAAGGUUGAUUCAGCUGUCGUACGCAUUGCACCAAGAAAUCCUCCUCCUCAAAUCAAUUUUCAGGAAUGGGACAAUCUGCUUAGAAUCAUUUUUCUCAGAAAAAAUAAAACCUUAUCGUCAUUAUUUAACAAUAAUCAGGUGUGUGGUUCACUGGAAAAAAGCUACAGAGCUCUUUGCAGUAUCAAAAAUAAGGAAAUUGAGAGUCAAUUUAACAUGAAAGACAAGAUGGAGCACAUUAUCACCGAAAGCGGUUUUGCAUCAAAACGUGCAAGGCAGAUGGAUAUAGAAGACUUUCUCUCGUUAUUGCUAGCCUUUAAUAAGGAAGAUAUACACUUUGUUUAA